CCCUUCUCUUGGAGUAAAUGAUCCAGAACCUGUUCUGGACUGCAUGUCUGUUGUUUUUUUUUAUCCACCCCGCCCGCUAAAGGUACAAAAGACUGAUCUAAAGCCUGCCCAGAUAUUGAAAAGGUGUGUAGUUCAACGAGAUAAGUGAUGGGAAACUUGUACUUGCUUGUAUUUUUUACAUUCGGCCCUUGCGUUGUACUAACCGAGACCGUAGAUACGAUAUUCUACAGCAAACUGGACAAUGUCGUAUACAACUAUCUGAAUGAUAUAAAAAAUGAAAAAGAGCUUGAAGUGUGCAGGCCGGACAGCGUAUGCAAUGUGGUCAACCAGAGGUAUUGGCUCCCGUCCAAAGUAUACAGAGUAUGCAGAUGUGCCAAAGGCCAGUGCCCUUUCGAAUGGAAGAACGACGACCAAAGUGUUCCACUGGACAACCAGUCACAAUUGAAAACAUGUGAAAGAACGAACAACAUGGAGAUAUGCAGCCGUGAAGAUGUUGGACUGACGGUAAAGGAAACAAAAGACAAAAAGGCCGGAAUCUGGAAGAAGGACAUAAGUCUGAAAUGCAGAUGCGACUGGCCGUUAUACUGGCGCCUCAGCGGUACCACCAUGAACAUGACGCACAAUUUUAAAGAGUAUACUUGUUCCAAGCUUUACAAGUGUCAAUCAGGUGAAUUCUGUGCGCAUAUACGCGCAGAUACAUAUUCGGCGUACUACCAAUGUUCCUGCCCAAAAGGCCACAUAUGCAUCACUAAGGAUAAAACUGUGAGAAACGUGACUGAAUUGUUGUAUCAUGGGCCAAGUCUUCGUGCAUACUGUGUUCGCUAUGUUCGAAUGGAAAACACAACAAAGCCCGUUUGAAAUAUAUAAAAUUCAACCUUCUUUAAUAUUUAUCAUUGUGGUUUUUUUUUUUUAACGCUUUAAGGUUACAAAAUAGCAUAACUUGAAAUUAUAAGAAUUAAAAAGAAAUUUUGUCUUCAAUGAUAUCAACAGUACUGUAACACAAAUAAUUUAUGGUAAUUAAACGUAUUUAAAUCA